AUGAAGAUUUUUUCCGCUGCCGCCGUCCUCUUGGGCCUCGCUGCUGUAGGAUCGGCCGCUCCCGCACCGGAGCCAUGGUGCACUCGCCCCGGAAGUGGUUGCUGGAAGGUCAAGAGAAGUGUUGAGGUAUUUUCCAGGGCCAUACGAUCGUCUGGCGGCCUCGAGGCUCGCAGUCCGGAAGCCGACUUCAGUAAUGCGCCUGGUGGAGUGGCGUACGCGGUGAAGCGCGCCGUCGACCACCUUGCCAACGUCCUGGCCCUUUCAUCCGACAACCCCGAGCAGUACUACAAGGAAUUGGGGCUCGAAAAGGAGUUUGAACCGGACAGCGGCGGCAAAGUCAAGCGAGAGGCUCUGCCAAACCCUUGGUGCACCCGUCCCGGAAGCGGAUGCUGGAAGAAACGCGAUGCGACUGCGGUCCAGAAGCGGAGCUGUGCGGGUGCUGCCUCGGUCUGCUGGGAAGACGACGGCGAGACAUCCACCGAGGAGAAGAGGUGGUGCACUCGUCCCGGGUCUGGGUGCUGGAAGGCGAAGCGCGCGGCCGAUGCCGUCCUCGAGGCCAUUGGUGACGACGACAACGAAGCCCUCGAGGCGGCCUUUGAUCCCGCCGCUUCGCACAGCCACAGCGGUGCCAGAAAACGCGAGGCUAGCCCAGAGCCGUGGUGCACUCGUCCCGGCAGCGGCUGCUGGAAGGUGAAGCGGGACCUUGAAGCCAUCCGGGCAGCUGCCCGCAGCAUCUCGGCCGCUCUGGAGUAG